AUGCUUUCUUUUUCUUUCCCUUUCCCUUUCUUCCUCUUCAUCUCAUCUUCGAGAAGUCCAUACUAUCUGUCUCGCGGUUGGAGAACUUGCACGCCGUUUUAUGCUGCCCAUUGCCUGAGGAGCACCAUUAGCAAACGACCGGUUCCCUCCUGCCCAUCCUGA